CAAGCACAACAUACAGCAGCUAUGAGUACUAUAUCUGAUAUAGAUUUGCCAGCUCGUUAUCGUAGAGCACCUCUAUCCCAAGAAGAGAUAGACCAUAUUAAUGGUGGUGGAGUUAAUGAUCCCAAAACAUCUUCCCCGAAACAUCAAAUAUUAUUUGCACUUAAAAUACCAAAAAAGUUAGUAAUACAGUGUCACAAGAAGAAAAAUGAAAUAACCUUUAAAGUUGAGAAAAAGGAAUGUAACUAA